AUGAAUUCUGAUUUAAUAAAAAUAUUAAAUAAAUCAUCACAGAUGGCAUUCUAAUAAGACUAUGACUAUUUAUUCAAGAUUCUCCUGAUUGGAAAUUCAGCAGUCGGCAAGGUUAGAUACUUAAUAUAAUAUAUUAGAGUUCACUAUUGUUACGAUUUUCAGAUUAGAUUUUUAGUGAGUCUUUUCUUCCAACAAUUGGUGUAGAUUUCAAAAUUCGUACUUUUGACAUGUAAGGAAAAUCUGUAAAGAUGUAAAUUUGGGAUACAGCAGGAUAAGAGAGAUUCAAAACAAUAACAGCAUCGUAUUAUAAAGGAGCACAUGGAAUAAUUUUGACUUAUGAUAUUACAGACAAAUAAAGUUUUAAAGAUAUUGAGAAUUGGUUGGCAGGUAAUAAAUAUAUUUAAAAAUAAAAGAGGUUGAAAAACAUGCUUCUGAGAAUGUGGUUAGAUUAUUAGUAGGUAAUAAGGCUGAUUUAGAAAGCAAAAGAUAAGUUACUUUUGAAGAAGGCAAAGAAUUGGCUGAUAGUUUGGGCAUAAAGUUUAUUGAAGCAUCGGCUAAAGCAAAUACCAAUGUUGAUUAAGCCUUUAUGACUUUGGCUAAUAAUAUUAAAGCCAAGAUCGGAAAAUCUGAAGACAAACCAACUCCAGGAGGAAAGACUCCAACAGGUGGUUUAAAGAAUCCAUAACCUACAAAAAAGGAAGGAGGCUGCUGUUGAAAUU